UUCAUUCAAGAUGGCAGCCAAGCACGAUCUGAGGUGGCCGCGGAUGUUAAUGUGGAAGUUGUGGCUGGCUCGGGGGCCUCCACAAAAGCGGGUGUCGUUCCUGGGUCUAGAAGCGAGGACUUAUUCCCGGGGCGACGGCCCGUACUCGCGUACGGCGCUGUAUGAGCUGCUCGGCGUCCCCUCCACGGCCACGCAGGCGCAAAUCAAGGCCGCCUACUACCGGCAAAGCUUCCUCUACCACCCGGACCGCAACUCGGGCAGCGCUGAGGCUGCCGAACGCUUUACGCGCAUCUCCCAGGCAUACGUGGUGCUGGGUAGUGCCACCCUGCGCCGCAAGUAUGACCGCGGCCUGCUCAGCGACGCGGACUUGCGCGGACCUGGCGUCCGGCCUUCCAAGGCUCCCUCCGCGGACUCUGGCUCGCCCCGCACCCCGCCGCCGUCCUCUCGGACCCACGGCGGUGGUCAGGCAGCGUCGGGAGCAAACCGCUGUAUGUUCGACUUUGACGCCUUCUACCAGGCGCACUACGGGGAACAGCUAGAGCGCGAACGCCGCUUGAGGGCCCGUCGUGAGGCCCUUCGCAAGCAGCAGGAGGAUCGGGCUAAGAAGGGCUUCCGUUGGGACGAGACCAGAGACACGACUUUAGUCUUCCUUCUUCUCACAGUCUUCAUCAUCAUGGGCUUUCGUUUUUAAUCGGAGAGAGGGGAAGGGGAGCAUCCCCCAGCCAGACCCCAGAAAAUGGCCUUUCCUGUCUUGAACGCUUCGUCUUCCAUAGCCUACCUCUGCUGGGGUCCGAAGGAACUGCUCUCCCCUCCUCUUCCCCACCCGCCCAGCUUAGCCAUUGACCUGCACAUCCCUCCCCCUGCGGUCCAGAAAAGGAGACUUUUUGAUGCCUAAGAAGGAGGCCCCAAAAUGAAGAGCCCUGAAGGCCCGAGAGUGAAGGGUUUUCUGGAGUCCCUUGAGUGCCUGUUUCCAGAGGUUGCCUUCUGAUGUCAACUUCUGGAACACUUGCUCUGGCUUUUUUGUAGAGCUCUGAGAAAGAAUUGUCUGCUCCUGUCCCCAUAGUCGUACUGUGGGGCUCUGUAACCUUGAAACGUGCAAUGUGACCAAUUGUUGGCUGCCAAAAGAAAA